GUGAUGUAAGCACGGCGAUCCUCGGCUCGGCCAGCAGCUUAUGCCCCCUUUACCUGCCGCUCCCGUUUCUGGUUCCGGUGGCAGCUGGUCGCGCUGGUUUCAAGGCUCAGAUCAUGGCGGGAAGCCGGCUGGAAACCGUGGGGAGCAUCUUCUCGCGGACUCGGGACCUGAUUCGGGGUGGGGUGUUGAAGGAGAAGCCCCUCUGGUAUGACGUAUAUAACGCGUUUCCUCCGCUGAGGGAGCCGGUCUUCCGGAAGCCCCGCUUGCGAUAUGGCAAAGCCAAAGCUCCCAUACAGGACAUCUUCUACCACGAGGAUCAGAUUAGAGCGAAAUUUUAUUCGGCCUAUGGAUCUGGUCCAAAAGCUUUUGAUCUACUCAAUCCAAACUUCAAGUCUACCUGUCAACAGUUUGUUGAGAAGUACAUUGAGCUACAGAAACUUGGAGAGACAGAUGAAGAGAAGUUAUUUGUGGAAACAGGGAAGGCUUUAUUGGCACAAGGUGUCAUUUUAAGACGACUAGGAGAAGCAAGGCCUCAGCAGGGAGGUGGUCAUGUUUCCUUGAAAUCUGAACAUGUAGAUGUCAAACCCCAAACUGUAUUGGAAGAAAACCAGCCUCCAAAAGAAGUUCCGCAAGAUCUGCAUUCGGAGGCACCUGAAGAGCAGUUGGAACGCCUCUCACCUCCCUGAAAGACUUGUAUGCUGUGUAUACUGACAUCCAGACUUAUUCACUGAGUGCAUGCUGAGCUAUUUUUAACAGUGGAACUGUGUAAAUGUUUCUUACUCUCUAAGGCAUUAUGUUUACCUUCUCUUAGUUCCUAUUCUGGCUUGUUAUAAAGCUCAGUAUCAUGGUUUGAAAGAAGCAGGUAUGUGAACUUUUAUGUUAGAAUGUUAUUAAAUAAAGAAUUCUCUGGCUG